AUGAAGGUCAAACUUCCAGACAUAUUCUCACCAACCCAUACCCUAUGGAGAUGGGGACUGAAAUGGCGAUCCAGUAAUUGGUUUACUGUGUUUGUGGUCACAUUUGCCGUAUUUACUGAUAUCUUUUUGUACGGUGUCAUUGUACCCGUUAUCCCCUUUGCGUUGGAGUAUAGGGCCAAUGUUGGCGUUGAUCGAGUUCAGUAUUGGGUCUCGGUGCUACUGGCUGUGUAUGGCGCAGGCUUACUAGUCUUUUCUCCAAUAUGCGGCUGGUUCUCCGACACAAUCUCCAUGCGCCGCCUACCCCUACUACUCGGUCUAGCAGCUCUUCUGGGCGCAACGAUCAUGCUCAACGUCGCCACCAGCGUGGCCGUCUUCGUCAUCGGCCGCUUGCUGCAGGGUAUCAGUGCAGCGGUCGUCUGGGUUGUGGGCCUUGCGCUGCUCGCUGACACAGUACCCCGGGAAAUGUUGGCUCAGUACAUGGGAUACGUGAGUCUGGGCAUGACCUCUGGAUUCAUGCUAGGCCCGUUGUUGGGUGGUGUGUUGUAUGAGAGGACGGGGUAUAAUGGUGUUUGGGCGCUGUGUUAUGCGUUUAUUGGCUUAGAUUUUGUGUUGCGGAUUGUGCUUGUUGAGAAGAAGGAUCUGCCAUCUUCAGAUGAAGGUGUUCCAGCUGAGGACGUACAGGCCGAAUCAUCUGAAUUUCAGCCUGAGACGAAAGAGUCUUCAACCGGGAAUACCACUCAUCCAACCGAAGAGUCGACACCAUCACAACCUACCCCUGAGACCAAGACCUGGACACAGAAACUCCCCGCGGUCUUCACCCUCCUCGCAUCCCGGCGUCUCCUCGCCGCUUUGUUUGCAAGCGUCGUCCAAGCCGCUCUAGUCGCCUCCUUCGACUCCAUUCUCCCCCUCUUUGUCAACGAGACCUUCUCAUGGGGCUCUCUACAGUCCGGCAUCCUUUACCUAACAAUCGUCAUCCCCACCCUCAUGUCCCCCCUCGUCGGGUACCUAGGCGACAAACACGGCGGUCGCUGGUUCGCCGCAGUCGGCUACCUGCUAGCCUGUCCAUUGUUCGUCCUCUUACGCCUCGUAACCCACAACUCCAUCCGCCAAAAGGUUUUGCUUAUCGUCUUGAUGGUCUUCAUCGGCUUCGCGAUGACGCUCAGUUUCCCCGUCAUCAUGGCCGAAAUCACACACAUAGUAGCCGCAAAGGAGCAAUCACGACCCAAGGGAUCAUUCGGGAAGGGUGGAGCAUAUGCGCAGGCUUAUGGAUUGUUUAAUAUGGCGUUUGCUCUCGGAACGCUUGUAGGACCGAUUUGGGCUGGGCUGAUCAAGCAGAAUUAUGGAUGGGGGACGGCGACGUGGACGUUGGGGCUGUUGAGUGGUGUGACGACGGUGCCGUGUUUGAUUUGGGUUGAUGGGAGUAUAAGGAAGAGAAGGAAUAAAAGGGCUGAUCUGGUAAGAGAGCUGACUUCUUAA